GAAGCCAGGACGUUUCUGGGCGAAGCAGAUGCAGAUUCCAGACGUUUGUUUUACCGCAUGGCCAGUACCAAUCGAGUCAGAUACAGCCAAAUUGUUGGCCCAGCUAUGGCACUUGGUGCCUACUUGGCGAAACUGGGAUGGAAAUUGACAAUGACCGGGGCUAUUGAAUGCCAACAGUUUCAUCAUCUGCACAUUGUCCACAGCAACCAAGAUGAACUGCUCGAUUCAUCCGAAGCUGCAUGGAUGACCCACGUUUCCAUGUCAAUUGCCAAUCGUAAGCAUCUGCGCAACCUGCCGCCAAUUGAUCGGCAAGCCACAUGCAGCAUUUUCAGCCGGCUACACCACAACAAGCAACGUUCGGUUGGAUUAGAUAUCUGCAUAGGUUACAUGACUAACCAGCAAAAAGCCCACUUUGACGAACUGCAGUCCGAGAAAUGCCAGUAUUGUGAUGCACAUGACUCGGUUGAACAUCGAGUUUUGUCCUGCCCUGCAACUGCUGCAGUUAGAAGCAGUUAUCCUGAAGUUUGUGAUUUUCUGGAACAACACGACAUGAUCCAUACUGUGCUGCCAGUGCUUUAUAAAGACCCAGAGGUUGAAGCCUACGCCGCAGUGUUUGAAACGUUUCCUGAACCUGACUGUACACCUUUGACCUAUAAGCCAGUUUGUUUUUUCACAGAUGGAUCAUGCCACUUGCCACAAGAUCGAACACACUGCUGGGCAUCCUAUGCCAUUGUCUGUACGCAUCAUCAGCUACACGACUUACCGGUUGACAAAUUGGAGGAUGCACCAUGGCUCUUGCAUAAUUGUUUCGACACGCUUGCAGCUUCACAUGUCACGGGUAAGCAGAACAUAGCGCGUGCUGAGCUCAUGGCGGCUGUCAUAGCGCAUGAGCUUGAACUCGAAAUACCAGUUGUCACUGACUCUCAGUAUGUGAUUUCAGCCCACGCAGCAGUGGAGAACACACCACACUCUUGGAAGUUGCAUAAGAAGAAAAACUAUGACCUUUUGAAACGUUUGCAUGUGCUUCACUGGGAGAAGAGACGUGAUAUCCCUGUUCGAAAGGUUCGGGCUCAUCAAUCCAUCUCUCCACAAGAUGCUGAUGCCUUCGAGAAGGUGGGAAACAGAGUUGCUGACUGCGCUGCAAAUCUCACGCAGAAAUACUUGGCAAAACCGGCUGCGGCUGAGGAUAAUCGGUCCCGGAUUGAGAUCUCGGCGUACUCGGGAAACUGGGCGGGGGUCGUCAUGAGUGGCAAACAGCCACCCGAGGGUCUGAUCGUGAAUCGACUGGCCGUGGAGGCUGUGAAGGAGGCGCACGGCAACUGCCGUUGGAUCGACGAGUGGCUGACGGGCAAGCUGAUAGCGGUGAAGGGUGGCGGCAAGGGCAAGUGUGGGUGCAAGGUGACUGUUCGGAAACCAAAGGGAUGGAAUCUGCUGGAUGGCCCGGAAAGUGCGGAGAGUUGCACUUUUGCUCACGGGGCAAACUACUUACGUCGCACCAUCGGUUUCGCAAAACCUGAGAAGGAAGAGAAAACUGAGAUCAAUGGGCUGCAGGAGAACGUCGACGUCGUCGAUGUGGCCACAGGGACACCGCCUGCGUGGUUGCCGAAGAUGUUUGAACUUGAGAUGCUGCGGCAACAAGAAUCCACCCUGCAGCUCCAGCAGAUGAUCCAGGAUCAGCAGCAGCAGAUCGAAAUCUUGAAGAACCAACUUCUUCUGCAAGAACAGGUUCAACUGAAGAUGGUGAUGAACCCUGGGACCAACCCAAGUCCACCACCCGCAGCUUACAAGGUGCCAUAUGUUCAGCCACCAAUUCAGGCCAUGUCCCCGAUGUCCCCGGCCACGGCGGCCACCACGAUGUCCUGCGAUCUUCGUUUGAGCCUCUAA